AUCGCAUUUCUCGUAAUAUAUCGAACGAUGUUUUUAAAAAAAGGGCGGGAAUAAAAGCGCGGGAAACCGGUAAUGAAGUAAUGGCUGCUUAGCAAAUGUUUUAAGUUUUUAGAAGCACUAAGAGUGAACACACACAGCAAGUUAAACAUAAUUAAUCAAACAAUGGAAUAUACUAAAAGACGGCGUUAUACAGUUAAUGUUGAAAUCAAGGACUUACAAGAUGUUUAUCAACAUGAUUUGCAAAUGUAUAAUUUCCCUCCAUCAGGGGAAAUCCCAUUUAUAGAGUUUCAGCAAUUGGGUAUGGAAAGAUUAAAGCUUUUACAGCAUCUUGAAAGCAUUGCCUUAAAACAGGAGUUUAAAACAUUGGAUGAACGUAAACAACAUUUAAAUGCAGCUUUAAUCAAAGAUGGACUUAAGUAUUUUGCGCAUCUUUUAUAUGCAAAGGGAUGCAAAUCAUCUGAAGAAACAGAUUUACAGUAUAGGAAAAAGGAUCACAUAUCACAUUUUGUAUUGAGAUUAUCAUACUGCCAAGAUUCAGAUCGUCAAAUGUGGUUCAUUAAUCAUGAAGUUGACUUUUUUAAGUUGAGAUUUAGUUCAUUAGAUAAAGAAGGAGUAGAAAAAUUACUUACUAUGCAUAAUAUAGAUUGUGAACAAAUUACACAACAAGAAAAAGAUGAAAUUCGGGAAGAACUUCGUUCAUCUACAUUUAAGAAUUCAAAUAUUGAUACAAUAGAAUUUUAUAAAGUGCCUUUCCAAAAAGUUGUUGAUCUAGUUAGAUCACGUAAAAUUUAUAUUGCUAAAGGGACAGCAUUUAUCCCACAAUCAGAUUUGAUAUCUCUGUUUGUUUCAUAUUUUAGAAAAAAUUUACUGGAGGGUAUGGAACAAGCAAGAUUUUGUGUAUCAAAUAUGUAUGAUGAUGAAAGGUUAAUAUCUUUCCUUAAAUCUUUGCCUGGUUGUUUCUCUGGUAUGACACGUGUGGUUUGGUCCACAGCCACUACACCUAUAGACAAAUUAGAUGAGUUAUCAAAAAUAUCAUAUCCUUUGUGUAUGAGAAUAUUACACGAAGCACUCAAGGCUAACCAUCAUCUCAAAAAUAGUGGACGAAUUCAAUAUGGUUUAUUUCUGAAAGGUAUUGGAGUGACAUUGGAUGAUUCUUUGCAAUUUUGGAGGAAAGAGUUUUCAAUGAAAGUAGAUGCAGACAAAUUUGAUAAACAAUAUUCUUAUGCACUAAGGCAUAUAUAUGGCAAAGAAGGCAAACAGACAAACUACACUCCACUUGGGUGUCCAAAAAUUAUAUGUUCUACAGUGGGUGCUGGUGAAUACCAUGGAUGUCCAUAUAGACACAUGGACUCUGGAUCAUUGCAAAACAAACUGUUGAGUUAUGGAAUGUCAGUAGCAGACGUUGCUGAAAUCGUCGAGUUAGCCAAUGUUGGUCAUUACAAUAUCGCAUGCGCGACCUAUUUUAAGAUUAUGCAUAACCAGUUGCCAGACAAACCUAUUAUGCAUCCAAAUGCAUAUUUCGCUGAAAGUCGUGCUAUAUUGACUAAGAAUGAUUCUACAGAGUCGGAAACUAAGGAUAGAUUUUCCCAAAGCGGAAUAAGUACUACCCCUAAAAUGGAAAGAACUAUCGGUACACCUUCAUGGAGUGCUAGUCAGUCAUCGAGAAACACGGAUAGAUUUAGCACACCAACUAGAAGCAUAGAUAGAAGGGGUGGGACACCAUUUAAAAGUGUAGAAAGAGGGGGUGGGACACCAUUUAAAAGUGUAGAAAGAGGGGGUGGGACACCAACAAGAAUAACUAAAGCGGUACCUAAAAGAAUAGAUGAUCUAAAUAUGGAUGAAAUCAGUGAAUUAAUGGAGGAAGAUAUGUGAAAUGAAUAAAUUAUAAAAA